AUGGAAGACGACCGAGAAACAGUCCGUCUGUGGCGCGUUAACCGUACGAUCCACGAACUAGUCCGAGACCGCGGAUAUCAAGUUGCUGAUGACGAAAUCAACAUUGAUCUCGAAACCUUUAAAUCGGAAUAUGCCCCCACUGGUGGCUCUGUCGACCGCACAAAACUCAACUUCUUCACCGAGCAUUCCGAGCACGAAAACCAGCGCCUCUUUGUCUUUUAUUCCAUGGAACGCAAUGUUGGAGUCAAGACAAUGCGUCAAUUCAUCUCGAUCAUGGAAGAACGCGAUAUUCAAAGAGGAAUCAUCAUUUGGCCUGAAAAAAUGACCUCGGCGGCAAGAAAGGUUAUUGAUGCAAUGAGGGGGACGUUCCACUUGGAGGACUUUGAGGAGGCAUUCUUGUUGGUCAAUAUUACCCAUCAUCAUUUGGUACCAAAACAUGAACCAUUGUAUCCACAGGAGAAGAAGGAGUUGCUGGCAAGGUAUAGGUUGAAGGAAACUCAGUUGCCGAGAAUUCAACAGGCUGAUCCCGUGGCGAGGUACUUUGGUUUGCAGAGAGGACAGGUUGUGAAGAUUAUUAGAUCGUCAGAGACGUCUGGCAGGUACUGCUCUUAUAGGAUUUGUCCCGUUUCCCGUUUCCAUGACUUUUUGAAUGCUGUUGGUUGUGUGAAUCACGCCGUCUUGACCAUGCCUGGUAGCGCCAAGUGUCUAUGA